AUGUGGGCAAGUGACGACUUCGUCAAUCAGUGCGUCAAGACUUUCUUCUUCGUGACACUGCUCAAGGCGGUGCGCACAAUGAAAAAAGAGGGGUUGGGUAUCAAAAAUUACGCCAGGGUUGGCCCCGAAGGACAAACCAAAGCGGUCAGCGCCACGGUGUGCAAUGCAGGCUUCCCACUCUCCGGCCGCGCCUUCAUGAUCGCGCGACUCGGCCAACAAGAGGGCGUCUGGGCGGGGAGUGGGGCCCAGCGCAUGGCCCGUGCGAGGUGA